ACGCGCAAUCAGCCGCCCGAUUUGAAAUCUCGCGCCCAAGGGCUCCAGGCCCGCCGCCAUCUUUGCGAAACAAAAGUAGAAGAACUUGAUCGGUGUCGUUGAUAAUCUCGUCGGUUUAUUUCCCCGGAAAAUUCCAAGGAUCUUUCGCUUUCGUUAUUAAUGGCUGAAAAGUGGGAUGAAAGUGCAAACGACUCUCCAGAGGUCGUAUACGAAGGGUUUUCCCCGCCUGCGACACAUUCACAGGGAAUGAUCUCGGCAGGUAGCUCCUUUGUUGUAACGACUGAUGGCAAUGCAGGAAAUCAGGUUGCAGGUUCUACGAAUUAUAUGUCUGCUCAGCCAGUUAUGGAAAACCAGAGUGAAGCUCCACAUCAUGAAGAAAUUGACAGAGCUCGUUUGUGCUUCGUUUGUUGUAACCCUGUAUCAGACAAAAAUUAUGAAAGCAUUAAGACAUCCAUGAAUCAUUCUCAUGCACCACUGCUGGUACUUCUUACUGAUGUCCUAGGAUAUAAGCUGGAAGAUGGGAGGUUACAUUCGCAGGUUGUAUGUAAAGCCUGCUACCACUUACUGGAUAUAAUUGAUGAGCUCCAGCAGACGCUAACGGAAUCCAAGACUGAUGUCAGAACAAAGUUCUUGGAGACAGUACAAAAGCUCAAAUUAAAAUACCCAAGGACCGAUAAGAUGCUCAAGCCCCGUUGCCUACGAUGCAUACAGAUGUCACAGUCAUCUGCACGCAAAAGAGGGCGAGGAGGAAGAGGUUGGAAGGGAAGAUCUGAUGAAAAUAUGAGAGGAAAGGGUAGAGGCAACAGGGGUCGAGGCAGAGGGCGAAGUCUUUCUAACGAUGGCAGUGAUAAUGAUGGAGAGGGCCAAGGAGUUUGCGAAGGAGAGAUAUGCAAAGAUGUACUACCAUCAAAGUCACUACACCAGUCAUCGUCACAAGGGGAUCUCAAGAUAUGCGAUAAAAGGGGGAACACACUGCCUUUCGCAUCAAGAAACGUCCCUUCAUUCACAGACUGCUCCUGCAAUGACAUGGAUCCAACAGUGUAUGAAUGCCUCAUGUGUAGAAAAAGUGAUACAGAAGUCUUUUAUCAAUACUGUGAGAGUUGCUUGACCUGUCAAGGUACUUUUGUUCCGUGGGGUGUUGACGUUACCUUGAGAUUUGUUGGUGAACAGUGCUCUAUCACUCAGAUAAACGCUCGAAGUUAUUUUGAGGAAGAUUUGUUUUGUGUGUUAACCAAAGGAUUGAAGUUACUGAGCCCUUCAAGUUAUGCUAAAGAGAUUGACUACAUUAAUGACGGUGACAAUGAAGGGAAAAUUAAAAGGAAAAUUGUUUCAGAUGAUAGUGGGAAAAAAAGUCUACUCAAGAAGAGUAAACCCAAAAUAGAUGUUGAUAAUGAAGAUAAUGCAGAGACAAAAGAAAAGGAGAAAUCUGAUGAUGAAAAUACAGAGAACAUAAAACCGAAAUCUAAAGAUAAAGACAAUGCAGUUGAUGAAAGUGAGGAGGACGGAGACCACCAGACAGUUGAAAAAUCAAAUGUGGAGAGCAGUGAGGGAGAGGAAGAGAAUGAAGUUCAUACUUCACCUGGUCAUCAUGGUGCCAGUAAAUCAAAGUUCCCUGAUAUUGAUUUAAAAUUGUACCAGCCAAUUAUCAAAAUUCAGGAAAGUAGGAAAGUGAGGGAGAAACAGUCAAAGAGGAAGACAAAGCACCAGCGAAGAACUCUUGCAGAUGAGUUUGAGAGUAUUUUGACUAGACCUACAUUAGGCAAACGUCAAAUAAAGCCCACAGAGAAAGUGAGGUGGUUGGCUGAACAGUGUAAUAGAAAAAGUGAAGUGCAUCCUACAGAUGAGGAUAGAGGUCGAAGUAAAGGGCCUACACUAGUAAAGAUAAAGUCCGAAAAGGAAAAACCUGAAGAGUUAGUAUCUAAGCCUGAAGGUACUGAAGUGUCACCAGGAAAGCGCAAAAGAAAGCCGACAGAAAAAGCUCAGGAUGCGACAGAUAAUCCGAAAGUUGAUAAAGUAGAAGGAAGUCUAAAGAAUAAAGAAACCAAGAAGUAUGAGAAAACUAAAUUAACUGAAGAAGAGUUACAUGAUAGUGAUGCUGACCCAGAAUAUGUGCCAGAGGCUAAUGCGGAGGAAAGCGGUGAUUCUGAGGCUGAGGUCAUUGUCAAGAUAAAAAAGGAAAUUGUUGAUGACGAGCAAGGUUCAGAAGAUUCAUCAAUGCUUCAGGAAGACUUUGCUGAAUUUCCUCAGGAAGAUGAAGAUUCUAAGAGUGCUUUAUUAAAAAGAUUGAGCGAGAUGCCUGUUCCCAGAAAACGUGGAAGGCCUCCGGGUAAAAGACGCAAGAAACGAUCAUAUAUUAAGUCUGAGUUGUUGUGGGAUGACUUUGAAGAUGAUCAGCUGAUUGUCAAAACAGACGAUGGCAGAGAAAUAGACUUGAGCAGGCUCUCUUUAAAAAAUUUGCAGGAUGGAGAUCAGUUGUACAAAUGUCCUGUUUGUGGGAAAGAAUACAAGUCUCAAGGAGGUAUGCAGUACCACUUGGCUACUCAUACAUCGUCUGCCAGGUUUUCUUGUAGCUUGUGCUCAUACAAAACAAUUAGGCAUGGAGAUCUGAAGAAGCAUUACGUCAUUCACACAGGAAUAAAACCGUAUAAAUGUGAAGUUUGCCAUCAGGAGUUUUCAACAAGUAGUUCAUAUAAAAGACACUUACGAAUACACAGUGGAGAGAAGCCUUACAAGUGUGAAGUUUGUGGCAAAGACUUUAGAAACAUUACCACACGCAAGCAGCAUAUGACACUGCACACUGGUAUUAAAAACUUUGUCUGUGAAGUUUGUGGAAAAAGCUUUGCUCUAAAGCAUCACUAUACAUCUCAUAGUAAACGGCAUACAGGGGUGAUGCCCUUUAAAUGCAUAUAUUGUGAUAGUGCCUUCAAAACUCACAAUGCUCUAAAGACGCAUCGUAAAAAGGACCACCCUGUCGAGGAAGCCGAAAGGAUUCAACAGAACAGAUUACGAAGGAAGAGUCCCAUAAAAGAGGAAAAGAUUAAAGUGGAGGCAGACCUGAGUCCAGAUCACCAGGUUUUCCAGGCUCCUGGGGAUGUUUUGGAACAGGCAAUGGCUGCAACUGUGGAAACUGUGGACGGGGUUCAUUACGAGUAUGUUGAUGUUGCUGACCCGUCCAUCCCACUUGUGUCAAAGAUGAUCAAAGAGAACUGGAAUGGCAGAGACUCUGUGGUUUUAACAAUAACGCACAUUGAAGAGGAUGAGUAUAAUGAGAUUGAUGAUGAAUAAAAAGUCUGUUUGAA